AUCAUUCAUCGCCAUCCUCCCUCCUUCUCUGAAACAUGUUGCAGCCCAGACUCUCCGUGCUAGGGUUCCGAUCUCCGCUCUUCAACGCCAACCUGUUCCCUGUCGCCAGAGUCCAAUACUAUUCCACAUCAAUUAAGAGCUUCCAAGUGGCCAUAGAUGGCCCAGCAGCGUCCGGGAAAAGCACGACCGCCCGUGCAGUGGCGUCGCGUCUAGGCUUCACAUAUAUCGACUCUGGGGCAAUGUAUCGAGGCUUGACACUCAAAGCUAUGGCGUGGAAUCUGGACCCUACGAAAGACGCUCAAACCAUCACAAAUAUGGCCUCUCAAACCAAUUUUGCUUUUCGUACACCCCAACUUCCCGUUGAUCAGCUGGAUAACGCCAGAACAGCUAUAACGCACGUGUACUUGGACGGGGUCGAUGUGACGGAUGAGAUCCGAUUGCCAAUGAUCACGCGCGCCGUAGCCCCUAUAGCAGCUUUACCCUCAGUACGAGAGGUUCUGUGCUCCAAACAGCGAGCUAUUGCUGAAGGAAAGGAAGGGCAGCCCCCACCCGAGGAGGCGAGUGCUGAUUCCGAGUACGCAAUGUUCCUCCAGGAAAAGAUCGAGCUUGAGAAGGCCCUAUUUACGGCAACUUCCGAAGGAGAUUUCGCACAGGUUCAAAGUCUCAAGGACCAGAUAAAAGAACUCGGUGACCUUUGUGCUGAAUUGGCCCCAAAAGACGUGUCGCCCGAGUCACAAGUCCCCAGCGGCGUCGUAAUGGACGGCCGAGACAUUGGCACCAACGUCCUUAAACAAGCCCAUCUCAAAAUCUUUUUUGAAGCAGAUCCACUUGUUAGAGCUAAGCGGCGGUUGGAGGAACUCCAGAGAAAGCAAUCCAAGGGUGAUCUUCCAGAUCUGGAAACAGUGCUAAAGGAAAUUGAGGCUAGAGAUUUGUCGGAUCGGACCCGUGAAGUAGGACCUCUAUUGAAGGCCGAUGACGCUGUUGUGGUGGACAGUUCAAACAUGUCUUUGGAAGACCAGAUACAGACUACCGAAGACCUGGUUAGAAGGAAAAUGAAGGAAACGGGAUUUGCAUAGUAGGACGAGUCCCACUGCAGAUAAGUGCGCAUGCACAACCAACGACUAUGAGCGCAUAUUCAAUGUUGCUGCGUCCAUGGCUUUCAGGCGUUUUCUGGUGAUUCUCCUCACAAUCACCUGAUACGCGAUCUAUACAAACCAACAUGAAAAUAUGGAUUCCUCAUAAACAUGGGAACUAUCGAUUCGCGGAGCUUUUCCGUAAUCAAAUCAUGGGUAUUCUAAUGCAAUAUACAUCUAUUUACAAAACUCCGGCCUCAGAUCUUAUACCUACC